UGCGAGAGUACUCUGUGGUUUAGCUCGCUUACCCGCCGCAAAUUAGUGAUAGGAGCGUGACGAACGCGGAGUGAGUGCGUACUGAAAAUAAACAGAGAGUAGUGGAGUGGUGACAAGAGCGCGGGUCGAAUGAUGUCUUCGCCGAAUAAAAAAGCCAAGGAAUUGGAGGAUCCGGGUUCAGGCGAGGGCGUCGAGUCGCGAGAUUAUGACAUUGAAAUACAGAAGACGCUGGAGGAGAUUGACGGGUGUCAGAAUCAAAUCGAUGGCCUCAAUGAGAAAGCCAGCGAUGAAAUUCUCGAAGUCGAGAAGAAGUAUAAUAAGUUGCGUAAGCCCUACUUCCAGAAACGGAAUGACAUUAUCAAGAGGAUACCCAAUUUUUGGGUCACCGCAUUUGUAAACAAUAAAGAAAUAGCAGAAAUAUUAGAAGAAGACGAAGAGGAUGUGCUUCGAUUUUUAAACAAAUUAGAGGUUGAAGAAUUCGAAGACAUUAAAUCUGGUUAUAGAAUCAAUUUCCACUUUGAUGCAAAUCCGUAUUUCGAGAACGACGUUCUUACCAAGGAAUUUCAUUUAGGUUCUUCUGGAGAUCCAGCAUCUCAAAGUACACCUAUCCGUUGGAAAGAAGGUGCUGAUCUAACGAAAAGAGCAAAAACCAAAGCCCCGUUGAAAGGACGCAAAAGGCCGCUAAAACACAGAUCAUUCUUCGACUGGUUUACGGACCAUGGAGACCCCAGUUCAGAUGAAAUAGCAGAGUUAAUUAAAGAUGAUAUGUGGCCUAAUCCAUUGCAGUAUUACUUGGCACCAGAUAUGGAUGUUGAAAAUGGAAUCGAAGGAGACGGCGAAGAUUGUGACACGGAAGAGGAGGAGGAAGAAGAUGAUGGUGGUGCGGAUGACGGCGACGAAGCAGGUGAGGGCGAAGAAGGAGAUGAUAGUAUAGUUGUGGUCGAAGACGAUGUGGAUGAAGACGAAGAAGAAGAAGAGGCUGUGAACGACGAAGAUGAUGGAGUAAACGAAGAAGAUGAUCUGUUAGUCGACGAUGAAGUGGAUCGCGAAGAUGGCGACGGAGAGGAACCAGAAUAGAAUUAAAAGUUGAUUUUUCGCAACAUCGGUUACAGUCAUAGAUAUUCAGAAAUAAUCACUGAAAAUACACAUCAGAUUGGUUGAAAAUAGAUGAAGUUUGCAGGACUGAUUACAUUGAGCCAUAUGAAUAAAUCUCGGGAUAAGUUUUCAAAACUAAAGUAGGAAACUUUAACUGAAUUCAGCAGACCUCUUUUGGCGCAAAAGGAUACCGUGUGUAUAAAAGUACAAUAUUUAUUCAAUUGUGCUGAAAGUAAUCGAGGAGAAGACGGUCUGGAUAAGUUAGAUAGGUUUCACUUUGCACUUUGUUCGGAAAUAGUGCCAGGAUACAGUACGAAUUCCUUAGUUAUAUUCAUAUGGCCUAGUCAUUCUCUAUUAUAGCGGACAUACGAUGAAGAACACCUGUUCAGUUUGAUCGUGUCAUAAGUACAUUAAGAAUAAAAUAAAUUAUAAAAUAUGACGAGGUACGGAACACGUGUUCUUUUCGGCUUGUUCCAUCACGAAAAUCUAUUCCAUCGCGUUACUUCCAGAACGAGGUGUUUUAGUUAUUUUUGAGAGUGACAAUAUCACAAUUAUAUGUCGAGAUUUACAGAAUAUCAUUUUUUCUCAUCGAAAGGUGUGUUAUUUUUAUUUGUAAAAGUACUGGAAAACGAUUAAUCUAUUAUCAGAUUAUAGUCACGGUUUAUUUAAUAGUAUAGAAAUGUAAAAGCGGCGGAAACUAUGGAGAACUUUUUAUUUUAAUUGUUUUGAAUAUUUUGACAAACUUUUAACAACAUAUCGCUAACGAUUACAAUUUUAUUAAUGUAGCAGUUUAUUUUUACUGGGAGGUGAUAUGUAUACGAAUGUAAAAAAACUUAAAUAUCAUCAUGCUUUUUUAUUACGAUUACAAUUUUGUUACCUACACGAUGCAAGAUUAAAAAUUUACUCUCUUGAUAAGUGUAGAAAGUUUUGAUAAAAACAUCAUUCUUUGUUACACGUUUAUUUUCAUUACAAAGAUAUUCGAACUUUAUAAAACGAAUGCGAUAUUUGCAAAUAUUUUUGUAUACGGUGCAGGUCAAAUGUAAAAAGUGUAUAUCGUCGCGAUGUUCUUUCUUUAAAAAACAUUGUACGCCCGACUAGCAAUGUGUAUAACACGACAUCCGUUUAAUUAUAUUGAAAUACAUGGAGCAGUCGCGAAAAAGCGAACAAUGGAAAAGAACCAUUCGCUGUUUGAUUUAUAAAGAUUCGUAACUUGUAUUUCCGGCAAUACUCCCUCGACAUUUCCAACAAGAAUCGAAAUUUGUCACGCUCAAAUCGAAAAUCACCGAAUGAAACUCACCUCGUUCUCAUUCUUCCAGACUUAACGUCGCAAACUUUCCACUUUCGCGAGAAGAAACUAAUAUCGCAAAACGUUUUUCACGCGCUUCUUAUUCUGAGCUCACCUUUUCAAAUUACUGUUACUAUCCAAAGGUGAAGUUAGAAUCAGGAGUCAAAUCGCAAACCUGUUGUAUCUCCCGCGGUGUGCCAACAAACAAUUACGAAGAACACGUUGCGAUUGAUUUUAGACUUCACGUCAUCGUACAGAAAACGAACGAAAUAAAGUUGUCAGUUUGAUAUAGGAAUGAGUUUUUAUAUUUGAAACUACUUAUAAAGAUAAAUACGUGAAUAUAAGACAUUUUAAUACGAGAAUCGAUGAAACGUUUCACUCCAGUUUCUUUCUUUUGUACGAUAUAUCACCCAGAACGAGUCGAAAAUUGUUGUAUCGAUUUCAACGUAUUUUCUUAUGAUUUCUUGUAUGAUUACCCAUUUGUCGAUAAAGAUUGCUUCCUGGA